AUGAAGGGAAGCAUCGUACAUCUCGUGGAGCUGGAUUUGAUAGACUGUGGUAUAGACCAUGAAAUGGACGUGGCGGAAGGCAACGUUGAUAUUUCACAGUACCCAUGGCUCGGGAUAUUAUAUUAUUCCUUCUAUGACAGCGCUGGUGAAGCACGCGCCGUCACAACCGUUGCGCUAAUACAAGCUGAGUUUGUGAUCGCUUCGGCUGCAGAUAUUGGACCAAUGCCUAAAAAAGAUUUUAGAAGCAACAGUUUUGUCCUUCUCGGCGAUGACUGGCAGCGAGGCGAGCGUCGCGUGCGCAACUAUGUUUUGCAUCCUGAGUAUGGCGAAACUUAUAAUACUGUCGCUUUAGUGCAGCUUAAUACGCCUGUUCGUAGUGAAAAGAUAAGACCAUUAUGUCCGCCUCCGGAUAGAUUGAGAAAUCCAGAUUUUUAUGUUGUGAAAUUUAAAGAUAAUUACAACAUUCUUCAAAAGCAAGUGAUUCCCGUAACAUACGUGAUGUCAAGUUUGUGUAAGGAGUUUUACGUUCGCGCGAAUUUAUACGCAAAGAAGAUGCGUCCUCCACACGUGGCGUGCGCGGUGUCGCUGGAGCAGGGCGACGUGUGCGUGUGGCAAGCGGGCGGAGCGCUCGUGGCGCGCGACGUGUGGGGGCGCUGGCAGCUGCUCGGGCUGGGCGUGCGCGGGCCGGGCUGCGGCGCGCCGUCGCGCUACCUCGACAUGAUGAGCUACUACCCGUGGGUGGAGAACAGCCUCGACAAGUUCCGAAGGGUCAGCAUCUCUAAGAUAUCGAAGCAGAAAUAUAUCUUGCGAGGUAGGAGCCCCGGAAGUCAUGCGUAUCAGAGAUUCGGUAAUUGUGACGAGGGAGAAAAAACCAACCUGCUUUACCGUGAAAUGAUAGCGCUAAGAACCGACAAUAAUCAGUACCAAUUUUUGACGUAUAAUUUUUCGAUGUACGACUCCGUGGAGUUCUCGUGCCUGACAAUGGAGUUGCUGAAUGCAUCCGCCGUCUCCGAGAUGAGGAUCAAGCAUCUCUGUACGAGGGAGUCUAAGGGGCCACCUUGCUAUAGUUACAAAGGAUCCGUCUUCGAAAUCUCAGUGUACCUCAUGUUCUCCGACACAUGCCGCUUCGAGAUGUACGCGUGGGGCUGGAAGAAGAACAUGACGCUUAUCGAUAUCCAGCAUUGGAAGUGGGAAGAGGGCACCUACUACGACGAUUUCACCUUGCAGCCGGUGGAGUAUCGCGGCCCGAUGCACGAGACGGAGUUCGGCUUCGAGCCAGUGGACAGCGAGAUGUGGGUGCCGGACUACGACUCGUGGACCACGAGCGACAUACCCGACCCCAUGUGCACCACCACCACGAGGCGCAAAAAAGGAGAGGAUGAAACCCCCCCACCAGAAGAAAACGUAGCAGUAGCCGGCGGCCAUGGCGAUACUGGCGUUAAAGAUUUGCGUAGCACGAGAGAACCGAGCUACAAGUAUUUAGAAUUCAUGACUGGCCAACCUAAUCCUAAUUAGAUCGGAGAG